ACGCUUGUUGGGAAGGCUUUGGUAAACAAGCCCGUGAGUUUGACGUUUUGGCUCGUUUGAGGUGCGUUGUGUUUAUGGCGUAUACUUCAAUACGCAGGUUGGAGUUUGUGGUGAAACGGGCUGUGAAUUCGGUGUUUUGCGGUUUGCACAUUUGCAGUUGUGUUAUAAGAAAGUUUCCCUCAAUCCCAUUAACAACUGUCAGCUUAUUCGGUUCCGCUGGCUUUGUCCCUGCUGGUUCGAUGCUUGUGGAGGAAAACACACAACACACCUAAUUAUACGUCAAAAUCUCGGCACGGACGAAUCUUCCUUUCUGUGGAAUCUCCACCGUAAAGCCAUUUCACGCAGCAGAACCAGCACCAGCAAUGGAGAUCAUCGGUAAAGUGAUGUGCUACGACUGGGGCAAGCUUGGCCAGCAAUCGUUCGUUGCCCAGCUCGCCCAGGCAAAUAAUGACCAGCUGGAGGUAAAGCCGGAUUGUCCGUACGCCGAGCUAUGGAUGGGCGAUCACGUAAACGGACCGGCUACGGUAAAACGGGACGGCAAAGGGCUGGACGAGACGAUACGGGCCGAUCCGGUCGGUAUGAUUGGAUCAGCUGCGGGACGGUUACCGUUUCUGCUGAAGGUACUGAGCAUCCGGAAGGCACUCAGUGUGCAGGUUCACCCGGACAAGGUCGAGGCAGAAAAGCUGCACCGUCAGUUUCCGGACAUUUACAAAGAUCCCAACCAUAAGCCGGAGCUAGCUAUCGCGCUGACCGAUUUCCAGGCCCUAUGUGGCUUUCGCCCGUACGCCGAGAUCGGCGAUUUGCUGCAAAAAUCGCCUGAACUGCAGGAACUGCUAGGGGAAAGCGUGUUGACAAAAUUUGCAGCCACCGACGAAUCCGCCGUCAAGAUUGCGUACGAACAGUUAAUGCACAGCGGACCGGAUGCUGUUCAACGGUGCAUCGAACGUAUCGCCGAUCGUAUGCGGUCCGCCGAUACAGAACCCAGCGAACUGGGCGAUCUGUUUCAGCGGCUCUAUGCGGACUUUGGAUGUGACGUUGGCGUGCUGUCGAUCUACUUUCUCAACUACCUACGCUUAAAGCCCGGCCAGGCGAUCUAUCUUGCAGCGAACGUACCGCACGCCUACCUGGACGGUGACUGCGUGGAGUGUAUGGCCUGCUCCGAUAAUGUGGUGCGGGCCGGAUUGACUCCAAAGUUCAAGGAUGUGGACACACUGCUCCGGCUGGUAGCUUACGACUGUCGGCCCGGUGACGCUAUGCUGUUUCAGCCGACACUAUUAAACCUGCUGGAGGAACCGUUCACGCGCACAUUCUUGCCACCGGUGCCGGAUUUUGCCGUGGCCGAGAUAAGCGUACCGAGCCGCGUAGGGGAGUACAGCGUAAGCAAUCCGGCCCAUGGGUCCAUACUGCUUGUUGUAGGUGGAAAAGCAAAGCUAACGAUUGCUGGUUCGGACGAAAUCAUGCUGAGCAUGGGAAAAAUCGUCUUCCUCCCUAGCAGCGUGGGCAGAAAGGUGCUGCUGGUGCUGGAGGAAGCAGGAGAACCGUUCCUAGCGUUCCAGGCCAUGGCCAAUGAUUUCGAAUGAUUUUCUUACCCCCUGGGGAUGUUUUUUUUUAUAUGAUUGGACGUGUUUUUGUUGUUUAUUUAAAAAAAAGUCUAUAUUAAAAUUUAACAAGCUAACUUUAAAGUUCAAUAAAAAUUUAUAGUAAAAUGAAUGUUACCACA